ACGUGCUAAAAUUCUUGAGGAUCUUCGUUGGGCAAACACGUAGGGGGAACUUGCUGGCCGUUUAGGUGGCGAAUUAAAGAAGUUGCCUUGAAAAAGUUCACGACUUCAAAUAAACCUACAAUGACUUCUACCAACACCUACCAAGGAAUGGAAAUAGGAGCGAAACCAAGUUCCAGGGUGUUGCGGCCUCCUGGCGGUGGCUCCAGCAAUUUAUUUGGUGGAUAUGAAGACGAUUCUGCUUCAUCAAGAAGACCAAAUAAGAUGGCCUCCAGUGUUUUUUCUGCACCCGAGGAGCCCCAGAAUGUGACAAGACGCUCUAACCCUCCAGGUGGGAAAAGCAGUGGAAUAUUUGGUGACCCUGAACCUGCUGCUAAGCCACAGAGGUCUGCUCCUCCAGGUGGACCGAGCAGCAACAUAUUUGGGGCUGGGGAGAGUUCACCCUUUCAAAGCUCAUCUCGGAGUCACCCAAACAAGCCAAAGGAUAACCUAAGUGUGGGACCUGAGCCUGAACCAGCGCCUAAAACUGAAGUCAGCCAACCAGAAGUGAAGGAAGAAAGCGCUCCUCCUGCUCCUGCUCCUGCUGCUGCUCCUGCUCCUGCUCCUGCUGCUGCUCCUGCUCCUGCGCCUCCCGUGGAGGAGCCUGCAGUCGUCUCUGCACCUCCACAGCCUAAAGAACCUUCAGCAGCUGUUGACGAGACGAUGCUGAAGAAUCACGAGCCUCACCUGGGGCCCAAGCCUCGCUCUCACAACAAGGUCCUAAACCCCCCUGGAGGAAAGUCGAGUGUGGUGUUCUACUGACCAGCCGGGCACUCCACUCCUUGUUUGUGUCGAUUGAAUUCAUCUCUGCGUUUCGUUUGUUUCUCAUUCCCCUGAUGUUUAUCCCUUCAGAUACAUUGAAACCCAGACUGCAGACCAUAUUUUCCUCUAACUUCUUGCACUUUCUGCUUCUUUUUGAUUGCCAGCUGUUUAAAAACAACAAAUCAAUUCGCUCUUUUCACUCCAGCCUACGAUACAAUCACCUGUUGCUGUUCAAUCUAAAUGUCUAAUGUUCCAAAGAAUGGUUUGUCAAAAUAAAGGUUUCUUUUUUGAGCUUUUAAUUGAACUAAAUUUAAAUAAUGCAGACAUUCUUAAAAUUUGAAGUUCUGAUGUAAGUUAUAAGAUUAGAGGGAUGUAAUGACUGUAAACGAGUGCUGAGGAUUUAUUUUUUGCUAUAUUUUUCUCUGUUAAAUCCUUGAAUAAACACAGAAUGCACACGUGAGUAAACAUUCAAGCCUUAUCUGUGUUACAUGUUUUCUACAUAUAUGUAUAGAUUUUUUUGCCUUAUCAAUUCGUGGGAUUUCUUGUAACCAAAUUUCUGGGAAAAGAUGGAUGCCAAAAAUGAACAAAAAAAAAGAUUGAAUGCAAAUGUAAACGUUCACAUAUUUCUGUUUUCCUUGCGUGGAUGUAUUCUGCAGGUACUGUUCUGUCUCGCCCUCGCUGCUCGCUUUUAUGAGAACAUGCCUUAUUCUUUCCUAUCUUGGGGUUGGCCUCAGUUUAUGUUUUAAAUUAAAACGGUUUGAAGACGAGAGAAGUCCGAACAAGCCUGCAUUCUACCUGAGACGCUUGCAGGCCUUUUGAUUUAACACCUUUUUGUCCACGUGAUGCACAUUCAUGGGGGUCCCCUUUGUGUUGCAUGAUGGGUAAUAAAAGCAGCAGCAGAAUUAUGUGUUUCAAUAAAAUAAAAUGUUUUCCAAUAAA